AUGCAAACGAGGUAUAUGAAAAGAUCAAAUAGUAUGGCGGCUAGAGAAAAACGUAGUUUGGAUCCCAGUAGUAGCCAGGAAGGUCAACCUGAUCGGAAACGUCCUGCUCUUGCCAGUGUUAUUAUUGAAGCACUAAAGGUGGACAGUCUACAGAAACUUUGUUCAUCCCUGGAACCGGUUCUUCGGAGAGUUGUGAGCGAAGAAGUUGAGCUUGCUUUAGCAAAGUUAGGUCCCGCCAAACUUAAUGGAAGGGUUUCUCCAAAAAGAAUUGAAGGGCAUGAUGGAAGAAAUUUGCAGUUGCACUUCAGGUCCAAGUUGUCACUACCUCUCUUUACAGGAGGAAAAGUGGAGGGAGAGCACGGUGCUGCAAUACUUGUUGUCUUGCUUGAUGCAAACACAGGCCAUGUUGUAACAUCAGGUCCAGAAUCCUCAAUUAAAUUAGAUGUAGUUGUGCUUGAAGGUGAUUUUAACAAUGAGGGCGAUGAGGGGUGGACUCCAGAAGAAUUUGAGUCUCAUAUAGUGAAAGAGCGGGAAGGAAAGAGGCCACUUCUAACUGGGGACUUACAAGUGACAUUGAAGGAAGGUGUAGGAACCCUUGGAGAGUUGACAUUUACAGAUAACUCUAGUUGGAUCAGGAGUAGAAAGUUUAGGCUAGGUUUGAAAGUUGCAUCUAGUUAUUGUGAGCCCUUCCAUAUCUGUGAAGCAAAGACAGAUUCCUUCACUGUCAAGGAUCACAGAGGAAAAUUGUACAAGAAACAUUACCCACCUGCGCUGAAUGAUGAAGUUUGGAGAUUGGAAAAGAUUGGGAAAGAUGGAUCAUUCCACAAGAGGCUUAAUAAAGCUGGAAUAUUCAUAGUAGAAGAUUUUCUGUUUCUUGUAGUGAGAGACCCUCAAAGGCUUCGGAGUAUACUGGGAAGUGGAAUGUCGAAUAAGAUGUGGGAUGAUCUUCUAGAGCAUGCAAAGACCUGUAUCCUAAGUGGAAAACUCUACGUCUACUAUCCUGAUGAGCUGAAGAAUAUUAGUAUAGUGUUUAACAAUAUCUAUGAAUUUAGUGGUCUAAUCGCUGGCGGACAAUAUCAUUCAGUUGAUUCUCUUUCUGACAGUCAGAAGGAGUUUGUUGAUACUCUGGUGAAGAAAGCAUAUGACAAUUGGAUGCAUGUUAUAGAAUAUGAUGGCAAGUCUCUCCUGGGCUUUGAUCAAAAUAAAGGUUCAGUUGAUUCACAGAUUGAUCCGAAAGAUCAGCCAAGCUCUUUUGCUCAGCUCAGACGACAAAGUAUUCCUGCCGAGCAUCCUUCUAUGGAUCUGAAUUCAGGAUUGAGUAUAGGAGGGUAUGAUGACAAUACCGGCAGCAGAUAUCAGAUGCAAUCACAAAACAUGAACUUUAAUGCUGCUAUUCAGUUAGACAAUACUUCGUUCCAUCCACAUGACCAGCCGAUCAACACAGCACUAGCAGCUCAUCCAUCUGGAAGUGAGAAUGUGCUGGCACUUAGUCCGUCAAAGUCAACUGUGCAAAACUUCCACGUUGGUAACACAUCAAAUCUUAAUUCUUAUAGAGGAUUUGAGGAUUUUUGCCCCGAGGACGAGAUUCGCAAAAGAAGUCACGAGAUACUUGAAAACGAAGAUAUGCAGCAUAUGCUUCGUGUAUUUAGUAUGGGUGGCCAUGGUCAUGCUCCCUUUGAUGGCAACGAGUUUAAUUAUGCAUACAAGUACAAUGCUGACGUGCCCUCUAACUGUCGUAUUAGGGAGGAUAGCACACGUUCGUCUGGCAAAGCUGUUAUUGGGUGGCUCAAACUCAAAGCAGCUCUGAGAUGGUGCAUCUUCGUCAGGAAGAAAGCUGCUGAGAGAAGAGCGCAGAUUACUGAAUUGGAUGAUUGA